AUUCUCUCUUGCGUGCUGCUCUCCAGAACCGUCCAAUGUCAACACUUGAACAAUCACACACACACACAGUCGCUCUCACUCACUCACACACCUUUGCCCAGUGUGUCUCUGCUUCCUUUUGCAGUGUCUUUAGCAUUGUUGCUUGUGCUGCACAUAUCCUUUAUCGAGCCUCUGUUAUGUGCACCUUUUAAUCCCAUUGUUGGAGUUGGAGACAAAACACCAGGCGCGUCUGUCGCGUGGUCCAAUACCACACACACACACCCAGAUACCCCUCCCGCCAUCCUACUACCACCCUGCCAUCCUUCAACCACCUACCUCUCUUGCCGGCCACCCUCCAGCCCGCAAAGACAACCACCCUCUAUCCUUAUGAAUGGCCGCCGCUGUAUUCGUACCGCCCUCGCCCCACGAUCCUCUCUCCAACAUGGCGACUUCCUCUCGUCGAGUUCCGCUGGCCAGCAUUGCCAAUGCUACCAACUCUCCUCACCGUCCGCUCACCAACAGCAGCUCUAAGCGGCCCAGAAGCUUAGCCAAUGUGUCUCAGCAGGAGAAUGAACCUCCUCACAAACGCCUGGCCAUCGACAGGGCCGGUCGAGAGGUGUUUAACCCAGCUACCCCUCAAAAACAAUCCCAUCCGCCCUUGCCAGAGGGUCGCGUCUUCGAAAGAAGCCAUGGAGAGUCUGCGUCGACUGCUUUCCAGAGGAGGCUGGUGGCUGCCAGAGACAAAGAUCGGACUGCAGGCCUACGCGUGACCAAGAAUGUCGAUGUCCUUUCCAAAGAAGACUCGGGACUCAAAGCAUGGCAACGACACUAUCGAAAAUUGUUUCCCACCUUCAGGUUCUAUUUUGAUGGGUUUCCGGAGGAAGUCAAGUCACGCUUCCUCCGACACAUAACAGCUCUUGGGGCGAAAGAGGAAAAGUUCUUUUCAAAAGCAGUCACACACAUAGUAACAGCUCGCCAUAUUCCACCGGACCAGGGGAGGAACACUUCGGGAGGAGAUGACUCUGCGGAACCCUCACCCACGGAAGAGCAGCCUCAGACCAUCAAUCCGUCCUUGCUUGAAAAGAACCCUCGCGGGCCCGCCGGCUCCAAUGCGACGCGCAGUGCCGUCAACCCAAUGGACAUCCUCGUUAGGGGGAGAGAAAUGGGUAUGAAAAUCUAUUCCAUUGACAAGCUGCAAAGAGUCCUCAACUCUGUCCUCGAUGACGCUGGAAAUCAUGGCCAUCAUACUAGGGCGUCAGCACAUACCACGCGACAUCAACGUGAAGACUUGAGGGAAGUCUUGAGAAAUGAGAAACUGGGCGUCGCUUCGGAGAGGGAGCUUCCAUUCAUGUCUUUGGUCGCGUUCAAAGGUCCCUUCAUCUAUGUCCAUGACAUGGAUGAGAAAUACCGUCCAACCUUAGUCAGAGAGUAUCCGAAGGUGGCACGGCGGGCUGACGGUGAAUGGCCCCAAUUCCGAUCCGCCAGUAUUGGAAAAUGUCCCUUCGUCGAGGACCCUGCCAUGAAGAAGGAUAUUGAGCAGGAGCAGAGAAGAGCUCAGAAGCUUGCCUUGCAGCAGGAACAACAACGCCAGCACCAGCAACGGCGUGAACAACAUGUUCCUCGCACCCGAUCCCAUGUGACUGUGGCCACCGCAGACCACGAUUCUCCGCGCCGUGCUAGCCCCAGGAAGGCCUUGCAGUCAGUCAACAAUGGUGCAAAUGCAUCUAUCGACCUAGACAAGAAGGAAUCCAAGAGCCACUCGGUUGUCACGGAGCGUCAACCGUCAUUCCCUCCCAUGCCGAAACGAGGCGACCUCGAAUUUGUCCGCCCGCCGCAGCUACACAUGGCUCGAGAGCCGGCGGCAUCCGGUAUCCAAAGAUCCAACCUCACGUCGGCAAUCCAGUCCCAGGUGAUUUCUUCGACGGCUGCCACUGGAGUCAAGGCCGGCACCAGCAAAGAGGUACAUCAUCAGUUGCAGCGUCAGGUCCUCGAGCGUACCCAUACCGGAAGCCUCUCUGUGGGGUCUAUCCCGUCGUCUCACCGCAUGAAUGACCUUGCCGGAGUUCUGAAGACCGCUCGGGGUCCCGCUCCGCAAAGGGCAGCCAAGAGCAAAGCACAGGAGAAAUUGGGCGGGAUCCAAGAAGAAACAGACCCUCACGCCGAUGACAUUGCGGCUGAACGCGCCACGCAUACAUCGAGGAAGAAGAAGGCUAUUAAGAGAGACCCCAAGCCAGGAUACUGCGAGAAUUGCCGUGACAAAUAUGAAGACUUUGACGAGCAUAUUGUGUCCCGCAAGCACCGUAAGUUUGCAAUGACGCAGUCGAAUUGGACGGACCUUGACGCCCUUCUCGCAAAGCUCCAAGCUCCUUGAUGGCAGUGGAAAAGCUUGGUGGACUCUCAAGGGGCAUGAAUGAGGCCCCCUCUGCACGUGUGCCCUGACGAUUCAGCGACAGCAUUUCACUCACUUUGAUUAUAACUUCUGCUUUGCAUUUUAGCGGUGGUCAUGAUUUAUACUUGAAGCAUCAGCAGAGCACAAGACAGUCCAGCCAAGAAUGGCACAUAGUUGGGAGACCAAGUCGAAUCCCAGCCUUAUCGGACGACCCAAAAUUUAGUAAUAUUGCGGUAAAAAUCUAUUGUUUGUUCCAAUGCGGCCAUAAAGGGGCGUGGAGGAGUAUGGUACACGAGAUGAUGAAGGGGAAUGGCUGUCCAUGAGGUUCAGAAAGUUGGCGAAUCUGAUGUCCUUGGUCUCUCUAUUCCAAUGAAGUUGACGGUACCUCGCUCUUGUUUUCCUUGUUCUUUCCGUUACCAUAACAUGCUCCAUUGUGUCAGAGACGAUAUGGGUUGGUUCAGCUUCAUCUUGUCUCAGGGGUAGAGAUCUCAAGGAUGCCUCGUCCCUCGUCAAUGUA